AUGUCGUCGGAUAAAACCCCAGUUUACCAUGAAUUCGAGCUGGAGAUCCCCGACGAGUUCCCCGACGGCGACUGGGAAGCUUACCGUAAUUUAAUUAAUCACAUACGCGAGGUACUGGCGGUGAGGAGGGUGCACUCUAUUCCCAUGCUUGCUAACGAAGAAGACAGGCCCUCUACAUGGAUCGACAUCAAAUUGCGAACAUCAGAUGAUUAUGCUGUCUGGUUCAGGACGCGAGCCGACAACCUCUACCUCGUCGGCUACCGCCUCCACAACCAGCAGCAGUGGUUCGAGUUUUCCGACGAAAACGGAAGGGCUCAGAACCUAAUCGACGGAUCCACAAACCUAGGCUACAGCGGCAGCUACGACGCCUUGAUGGGCCGCCGUGCCGGUAACUGGGAGUGGGAACAGGUGAAUGUGGGUCUGUUUUCCCUUCGCCAGGCUGUAGAAAGUCUCCAAUACCCAAACCACCAGCAGAGGGCGCGGUCGCUGCAACUCGUGAUUAUGAUGAUCAAUGAAGCGAUUAGACUCAACGAUAUACGGGACUUCUUCACUGAGCAUACCGAGGAGAACGUAUUACCUAUUCAGUUUGUUGAUCAGAUGCGCGGCUGGGGAAACGUCUCUGCGCGGGUGAGAAACCUCGAUGAGAAUGCCGAUCCCAACAUGGAAUUAAUCAUUCCGGAAAAUAGUAUGGGUUUACGAACGAUUCUGCAGGCAAUUGCUCUGCUUGGCAUCAUAAAGGAUUGCCAUGUUCGUCACCUCCGUGGAAGUCGUAUGCUUCUCAGUUCUAUAGCAUACAGGAGUACUACUCCGCAAGGACAACAACUGGUGGAGCUGUUCUCAGUCACCCUCAACGGUACCAGCGGUGAGAUCUACCUAUACGGCACCAUCACCGUCACCGAUGGUUUGUUUUCCCAGUACAUUUACGAUCGGAACUGGCUCAAUCCUGAAGCCAUUUAUGCUAAUGACACUCUUUUGUUGAGCGGUCCGCCUCGAUCCAUCUCAGCCCUAGACAGCUUCACUAUCGAUGUGGAUCUCUCAGCUUCCAACGACGAAAUCAGCCACGGGCAAGGCUCGUGGAAUGUUUACUUGACGGCCACAAAUGAGUACGACAAGCCCUUAUCGACGGAUAUUGAAGGCAAGAAUGGUUCGGUGAGAUUGAGCUAUAUAGUUUUCAGUAAUGCUGUGCAAGCCACUGUGGAAGUCACGCUAAGAAAUGCGGAUGGAAAAAAUACUGCUGACGUUUUUGGAAUAAUUACAGCUCGCAGUGACAAAGUUUCCAAUGAAAGUAUGCUCUUUUGGAAGACGUCGAACGAGAACAAUUUACAAGUAAGCCUUAAUCAGCCCUUUUCCUUAUUGAGAUCUGCAGUAGCCGUGCCGCUAGACUCCUCGCUCAGAAUUAGGGCUCAAUUAUUUGAUCGUGAUAGACAGUCUAAUUCUAAUAAAGAGAUUGCUCAUGAUACUGUAGCGUUUCCUCCUAAUCUCUCAGGUGUCGUUUACAUUGAAUUCGAGCUGGAGAUCCCCGACGAGAUGCUUAACGGCGACUGGGAAGCUUACCGGGAUUCAAUCGACCGCAUACGCGAGGCGGUGGCGGCGAGGACGGUGCACUCCAUUCCCGUGCUUGCUAACGAAGAACGGACGCCCUCUGCAUGGAUCGACAUCAAUUUGCGACUAGCAGAUGAUUCACCUGGUUAUUCUGUCUGGUUCAGGACGCGAGCCGACAACCUUUACAAUACCUCCCGGCUUCUCCUCCUUGUCGAGUCCUAA